ACCGUUAUUUUGGGGUAUAUUCCCGAAAACUGCAAUCCCGAGCAUUUACAGAAGAUGACAGUCGAUUUUGGGGCAUAUCCCCAAGUUCCCAAUUUAUUUCCAUCUCCUCUCCUGAAUUUCCCCUUUUCUCUUUGUUGUCUUGUGCUGUGGGUAGCGCCAUGUUUGAAUCUUGAGUCUAGUGGGAUACAAUCAGUCUGUCUCUUAUCCUAUUGGUAUUCUAGGAUUUUGAGCAGCGGCAGAGCAAUCUCUCCCUCUCUACUUCUCGUUAAAAUGGAGAAUGGUUUUGAGUCCAUGGAAUCAAAACAAGAUGGAGAGAUUAAUUGUUUGAAACCUAUGGAUGCUGAACAACUCAGAGAGAAUGCUCACAAAAUGGUGGAUUUCAUUGCUGAUUAUUAUAAAAACCUUGAGACGUUUCCUGUUUUAAGUCAAGUUGAGCCUGGUUACCUAGGCAAGCUUUUACCAGAUUAUGCCCCGAAUCAUCCCGAGUCACUGGAAAAUGUACUCGCUGAUGUUCAAUCAAAGAUUAUACCUGGUGUAACACAUUGGCAAAGCCCCGGUUAUUUUGCAUAUUUUCCUUCUAAUUCUAGCAUUGCUGGGUUCUUAGGAGAAAUGCUUAGUGCUGGUUUUAACAUUAUUGGGUUCAGCUGGGUUACUUCUCCUGCUGCAACAGAACUCGAAGUCAUUGUACUGGAUUGGCUUGCGAAAAUGCUGCAAUUACCUGAACAUUUACUUUCUCCAGGGCAAGGUGGUGGGGUGAUUCAGGGUACAGCAAGUGAAGCAAUUCUAGUAGCAUUACAUGCUGCACGUGACAAGGUGUUGAAGAAGGUUGGAAAAACCUCUCUUCCUCAACUUGUUGCACAUGCAUCCGAUCAAGCACAUGCAUCCAUGCAAAAGGCGUGCCAGAUUGCUGGGGUUCAUCCAGAGAAUUGUAGACUGGUGAAAACAGAUUCUUCUACUAAUCAUGCACUAUCCCCUGACGUACUUCGUGAAGAAAUCUCCAAGGACAUUGCAGCUGGUCUAAUACCCUUUUUCCUAUCUAGCACAGUUGGUACAACUUCCUCAACAGCAGUGGAUCCCUUGUCUUCUUUGGGGAAAAUAGCCAAGGAUAAUGAGCUGUGGUUCCACAUUGAUGCUGCAUAUGCUGGAAGCGCUUGUAUAUGUCCAGAAUACCGCCAAUAUUUGGAUGGUGUGGAGGAAGCGGACUCAUUUAACAUGAAUACACACAAAUGGUUUCUUACAAAUUUUGAUUGUUCACUUCUUUGGGUCAAGGACCGCAGUGCUUUGAUUCAAUCCCUUUCUACAAAACCAGAGUAUUUGAAGAAUAAGGCUUCAGAAGUAAACAUGGUAUUGGAUUUUAAAGACUGGCAAAUUCCUCUUGGACGGCGAUUUCGGUCACUAAAACUAUGGAUGGUGUUGCGAUUAUAUGGUUUGGAGAACCUACAAUGUUACAUAAGAAAUCAUAUUAAACUGGCCAAACAUUUUGAAGAUCUUGUUGCUGCUGAUUCGAGAUUUGAGAUUGUCGUCCCUUGUGUAUUUGCACUUGUUUGUUUUCGCCUUCUUCCUGCCCAUGAUGAUCAGGAUUGUGGCAAUAAACUAAACCAGGACUUAUUAGAUUCUGUAAACUCAACGGGAAAAAUCUUCAUAUCACAUACCGUUUUAUCUGGGAAGCACAUUCUUCGAUUCGUGGUUGGAGCCCCGUUGACGGAAGAAAACCAUAUAAUUUCGGCAUGGAAGAUAUUUCAAGAUCAGACUACCUUGUUAAAAUCCAAUUAAUGUUAGCCGGUUUCAUCAUGGAAUAACGGAAUAGUAAUAAUAGGUCGAGUUUACUGGAUUUUCAAUUACAGUGCAAAAGAAACCAAAUACACCAUCCUGAUCUUUGUUAAAUGCUAUUUUGAGGCUGGCACUGAUCGAAAGCCAAACUCUCGUUCAUAUGCGGUCUCCAGAAGAUUCCUCUAUACAUUUCUCUAUUAGUGCUUUCUUAAUUUACUAAAUGAAGUUGCUUGGAUGUGAUCCUGCUUUGAAUUU